AUGCCUCGUCGAUUAUCCAACUCUUUUAUUUCCAAAGUGGAAUGUAAAACGAGAAGCCGCUCUGUGGAUCUAAGUUCCCUCUCGCGUUCGUUUUCUUCCUCGAAGCCUCCUUCUCUGUCGCUCCUUCUGGAAUUCCAAUCAGAGCGGAGAGGCGUCAUCUUUCAAGGCCACACCCUCGAAGAGUUGCAAACCCUCAUUAAUCAAACCUUCUUAUCUCUUCCUCUCGUUCAUGUGUGUGUCGAACACCCCUCAAUCCCUGGUCGUCUGGUCAACAUUACCGACAUUGACCAGUUGUAUGAUAAUGCAGUUAUUCAUUUAGUCCCUGUCUCUCAAUAAUGCGAAAGUAGGAAAGAAUUGAGAAACAAACAAGCAAACCAUUUACUUUAUUAUUGUUAUUUUACUAUCAUACUAUUACUACUUCAACUAUUAAUUGUAGCACCAGUUGUUGUUGUAAUAGUAGUAUGA